GACAAAGAUCAGACAGUUUGGUUUGGAUGGCUACGGAUCGUUGACCAGUCAUGUAGUUUCAGUGCGCAGAUCCGAGCAGAUGCGAUUGCCUACAGUAAUCGUAACGCAAAGCAUGCUUUGCAGUUUUGUUACUAGUAUAUGAGUGUUUGUGUAUUAGGGGGUGAAACUCCAUCAUGUCUGAUUCCCAGGAGACGAUUAGUGCGCAUGACGAGGUCCCCCUUGUGCCGAGAAAUACCCGCUAUGGAUACUCAAGCAAAUCUACAUACGCACAGGUUUCAGCAGUGCUCAUUCAGAGCUGGUUGUUCAUCGACCUAGGGCUACAGAUGACCAUGCCUACGCUGGUUCUUGGUGCACUUCACAGAAAUCCUGACGCAGCCCCUCUCGAUUUAGACGAUGACCAAGCAUCAUGGUUCGGGAGCAUACCGGACUUGAGUCUACCGUUGGCGAGUUUGUCCUCGGGGUUGUUCCAGGACACGUUCGGGCGAAAGGGUUCCAUGAUGCUCGUGACGAUCCCCCUGUUCAGCGGCUGGCUCCUCCUGUACUCAGCUCGCUCCAUCACGACCCUCUACGCGGUGGCCGUCAUCUGGGGGCUCGUCGGAGGACUUUGCGAGGCCCCGCUCAUGUGUUACAUGGGCGAGAUCGGCGAACCCCACCUCAGGGGCACCCUCUCCUCCAUCUCGACGCUGGCCACUCUGACAGGGUCGUUCAUGAUGUACACGCUUGGUUAUUUUUUUGACUGGAGGACGGCUGCUUUGGUUUGCAGCGCAUUUCCUGCCAUAACUUUCGUUAUUGUAACACAGAUGCCGGAGUCACCAUCGUGGCUGAUUGCUAGAAAUCGGUUAGACGAUGCGAAAAAAGCUUUGUGUUGGUUGCGAGGCUGGGUUGAACCGCACGAGGUCGAGGAAGAAUUUCAAGAUAUAGUCAAUUACACCAGGAUGUCUACUGGAGUAGAAACCAUUUUAGACGAUUCAGAUCAAUCAAUCGAGGGUAAUUCGUUAGGGAAGAAGGAUGGCUACCUAAAAACACAAUACAAGCAGAUGACUGACAAGAAAAUUCUGCGUCCCCUUAGGUUAAUUUUCGCCCUGUUCUCGAUCUGUGGAGUGGCAUCAGUUGCGGGUAAUAGGCCGUAUCUGAUCGGUGAACUGACCGAAUUAGGUGUACCAAUUAACCCUAAAUUAGUAUUGAUUGGAGCUCUGGUUUGCUUUACGUUGGGUGCUAUGGGGAACGUGAUAUUUUUGCGACGCUUUGGGAAGCGAAACAUCGCGUUGGUCUCUCACUUUCUCGGAGCGCUCUGCAUCUUCGGCAUCGGUGCUUACUGCUCUUACGCCAAAGUUUUCACUCCUGAGCCGCAACUUCGAUGGCUCCCUGUCAUCCUCUGGUUCACACUUCAAUUCCUCGCCGGUCUCAGUAUUAUUCUUCUGCCCUGGCAACUCGUUAGCGAAGUUUUUCCUUUGACAGGUCGCGGACUCGCCAGUGGUAUCGCAGGCGCUUGGGCUCACCUCUCAUCGUCUAUAUUAGUCAAAUCGUACCUGUACACGGAGUCCUUGAUUAGUCUCAGCGGCAUAAUGUACCUUUACGGUUGCGGCACCGUUGUCGGCCUUAUUUAUUUGUAUCUCUAUCUACCGGAGACAGAGGGUAAAAGUCUGGAGCAGAUAGAGACGUACUUCACCGAUCAACACGAUCGGAAGGAGAAAUUCUCGAUCGGCAGGCCGUCCUCUUUCAGCCACGCUAGUCCGUGAAAGCUCCGUCGAGUUAUCGAGAAGAAACUGAAGGAAGAUAUCUUGGAAACGCUCGAAUGAUUGAUAUCCAGUGGCAUGGCGUGCUUUGCGAUACAUCGAUUGAUCCGUCAUUUAAACCUAUGGAAAAGUAUCGAUGAACAGGGUGUUCGCAGCGAACACCUUAAUAAUCGAUUAUUCACCACAGCUUCAAAUGAGGAAAUAUCGAUAGAUCGCAAAGCACGCCACGCCACUGUUGAUAUCUGAAACGGCAGAUACACCUGCGAGUUACAAGCGCUUGUUGAAAGUGAAAGACCAAUAAUAGGAAAUUGUGAUUUCGAUCGUUCGACGUCGACCUAUCGAAAUCCUCCUUGCCUAUUGGUGUUUCACUUUCAACAAGCGGUGUGUCUGGGCCUUAAGCUCUUAGGGUGUCAGGUUUUCAUGAGAGAGCCUAUUUAACUUGCUUUGUUGGCCGUCGGCACUAUUGAUAGGGUCUUCACCUUCAACGAAAAACUUAAAGUUACCGGUUUUUAACUCCCAAAAUCAUAGAUCGUUUCUUGUUUAUCGCAAGAAAAAUUUUCUUACAAGACGCAAAAACAAAGCGCUAAUGGCUAAUGACGAAAUCCAGAUGCAAAAAUUAGUAGUGCACACUAGUCAGUUUUUAGGAUACUCUCAGCAACAUAAAAUGUUGUACUGAUUCAUGUCAUCUGCAUUCUAACAGAAAUGAAUGCAAACUAGGGGGCCCGUAAGCAACCAUGCGGGGUCAAACAUGCUGAUCAAUUAACAUUACGAGUAUUAUCUACCGAUGGUCGAAAAAUCCUGUGUGUUAGCACUGUCAAUUUCUCAGCAUACCUGUGACAAAAACUGAAAACUUCUGAAUGCAGAUAGCUUAAAAUAAUCACGUUCUCUUCAAGAGUUUACCAGACUUUGGGAAAGUGCACCUCAAAUUUUCAUUUCCUUUUUUUUUCAAAAUUGAAGUGCAUUAAUGUUUGGACUUGAAAAAAUAUCUACGUCAAUCAUGGAUAAGUACUUUAUAUGUCAAUUUGUGCCAACAUUUCCAUGUUCUUUCUCUCUUUCUUUCUGUCGACGAGUAUUAAUUUUGUUACCCUCAGAAUUUUGAAAGAAAAUGUUGCCUUUCACAAUGAUAUCUUUGCGGUCGCACUCGAGGUGCUCGGAGACCGAAUGAUACGUGAACUAUGAUACUGGAAGAAUGUUUAAAUGCUCACGUGUUUUAUAAAGCAAUGUAAAUCAUAACUACAUUACUCAUUACUGUACGGAUCGAUGGAAAUUACUAUAUGUAAUUCAUAAUCACAAAAAUUCAUAAACUUGCCAACUUUGAAAUCCUCCUCUGUGACUUGUUGUCUCCGAGUCUUUUACAUGGCUUUAUAGAUUUACCAUUCUAUUUUUGUUUCCCAUCUUCUUCUGUCAAUGUGCCUUUUUAUCUGGCAGAGGUAUACUAAAAUUGUUGACGAGUUUACCUAUGAAUUUUAUUUAUUAUUUUUUUAAUUACGAAAUCAUAGUUCAGAAGAGCCAUUUCCAUUUUAGUCUCCGGAAAAAACGUUUAAACAAGUUGGUGAGCAUCUCAUGAUCCAGAUUUAUAUUUGUACCAAUCUAUUCUUACGAAAUUUCUACGUUUAAGGUGCUUGAUAAGAAUUUCAUAAUUUUCUUAUGAUGACCAUUAUGUAAUAUUAUUAUUUUUUAAUAAAUUAAAAUAAUUAGCUACUAAGCGAUCUCCUUGGAAUGAAGAGGUCUAUAUUAUGACUGUGAUAACUACAUAUUUGCUUGUACUUUUUUCUCUCUAAAUGUAAAACUUUUGCAGUAAAUGUGAUAAGUCUGUAGAAAAUAUUGUGAUGUAGUCCCUGCAAUUUUCCUUGUUCUUUUUCGUCAUGUUUAUGUUUAAUUUUCUUUAAUAUGCAGAUGCGGUUGAAAAGUAAUUGACAUGACAAUAUUUUGUAAAAUGAAUGGUAAAUCCUGCUUUAAUUCUAUUUUUGCACAAUUAUUUGUAUGAUACGCAAGAUUUGUGAUACCAAAGACGUUACUAUUUUUACAAUGUACAAAUAUUUAAUUCAUUCGUAUUUUUAACCAGACAUACUCUCUCUGUUCUUUCGUCAUCGUAGAGGAAAUUCAAAUUAUGAACUAAAUUUUUUACUUGUAUUUUCAACUGCCUCUGUUUACAAUACACAAUCAUGUUACCUCCUCAAAAGUAGCUCGUGAUAUUAAAGUAUAGUGAUAUCCAUGUAAA